AUGGACGGAUGCUUCGACACGAUGCACUACGGACACGCGAACGCGCUGCGACAGGCGCGGGCGUGCGGGGAUAAGCUGCUGGUGGGGGUGGUGAACGACGCGGAGAUUCGACGGUGCAAAGGACCGCCGGUGUGCGACGAACGAGAGCGCGUCGAGGCGGUGGAGGCGUGCAAAUGGGUGGACGGUGUCAUCACCGACGUGCCGUAUGAAGUCACGGACGCGUUCACGGAUGAGCUGUUCGCGAAGCACGAGGUGGAUUACGUGAUACACGGCGACGACCCGUGCCUGUUGCCGGACGGCUCGGACGCGUACGCGUAUCCGAAGCGGAUCGGGAGGUACAAGGAGAUAAAACGCACGGAGGGGGUGAGCACGACGGAUAUCGUUGGGAGAUUGCUUCGAAUGGGCGCGCGCGCGGCGGGUGAGGAGGUGAAGGAGGAAGAGGCGAAGGAGGCGACGUUUUGUACGACGUCGGCGCGCAUCGCGCAGUUCGGGACGAACGCCGGCGUGCCGACGGAUGCCAAGGUGGUGUACGUGCACGGCGCGUUCGAUGUGUUUAAUCGUGGACAUAUUGAUUUAUUACGCCAGGCGAAGACUCGCGGUGAUUUCGUGCUCGUCGGCGUGCACGCGGACGCGGAAGUGCGCGCGAGACGCGGCGCCGAACAUCCGGUUUUGAACGAGAAGGAGCGCGCGUUGAGCGUCUUGGCGUGUAGAUACGCCGACGAGGUCGUCAUCGGUGCCCCGGCGAUGAUAACGAAUGACUUAUUAACCACGUUCAACGUCAAGGUCGUCAUCGCGGAGGAUGACGAGCCGUACGCCGUCGGCGGCGUCGACGUCAACGCGCUCGCCGUCGAGCGCGGGUUGUACGAGCGCGUCCCUCGCCGACACGAUUGCUCCGUGCUCGGCGUGGCGAAGCGCAUCAUGGAGAAUCGCGCCGAGUUCGAGGCCAGAAACGCGCGAAAGACGAAAUCCGAAUCGGCGUAUUACGCCGAGAAGAAGCACGUCGCCGAGUCUUGA